AUGCGUAAGCAGUUUGAUGAAUCUACCGAGUCCUUAAGGUUGAACGGAUCAUCAGAAAUGGAAUCAGGAAUUUCUACUAAACACUUUAAAAUGUUGGCAAAAAAACAUGAAUUGGCGUCUGAACACUUUACUAGGAGAUUUCAAAGCUACGAUUAUUUACAAAGUUUUACGGCUUGUCAUUUUUUUGCAAACCAACGGAAGAAGAUGAUAUUUGCAUUAAAUCUCAAUUUGGUGGAAGAAGUGGCUUCUUUUUGUAUGUAUUUGCGAGAAAUGAAACGGAUACUAAAAAUAGAAUCGAGCAAGAAGGAAUCUUUUGUUGAAAGCAAUUGUCAAGUUGAGUCCCAUAAUUCGAUGGCACGUCGUCACAACAUACACGCAAUCAGCUUUGCCGACGAUGAAGGAAUGCAUCUCAUUCUUGGCAUCAAUUACGACUUUAACGAAACUGGUGUCAUUGUCUGCAACUUUUUCUGUUCUUUUUCUUUUGCAACAUCUGAACACUUAGACAUUGAUUAUGGCAUUGGACUAAUCAUAUCUACCCCCAAUUUAUCUUCACCAAAAUAUUUCCUUAUAUUUAGCAGUUGUUCAUUUAAAUGA